AUGGCAUUAAAUGGUACAGCAGGGCAUACUUGCCCUUCUCCGAUGAAAGCCACAUCUAAUGGUGUAUUCCAGGGGGAUAACCCACUGGACUUUGCACUUCCGCUUGCAAUCUUGCAGAUAUGUUUAGUCGUUGUAGUCACCAGAGGUCUUGCUUUUCUGCUGAGGCCACUUAGACAGCCUCGAGUUAUUGCUGAGAUUAUCGGAGGAAUAUUACUUGGACCAUCUGCUCUUGGUAGAAACAAAAGCUAUUUGGCUGCAAUAUUCCCACCAAAAAGCAUUACUGUGUUAGAUACUCUAGCAAAUAUUGGUCUCAUGUUCUUUCUUUUUCUCACUGGCUUAGAACUGGAUACUAAAUCCCUAUUGCGAACCGGUAAAAAAGCUCUAAGCAUUGCCAUUGCAGGGAUCAGCCUCCCGUUUGCACUUGGAAUCGGUUCAUCAUUUGUCCUUCGAGCAACCAUAGAGAAAGAUGUAAAUGCAACCGCAUUUCUCGUUUUUAUGGGUGUAGCCCUUUCCAUAACUGCAUUCCCUGUUUUGGCUCGAAUCUUGGCUGAGCUGAAACUUUUAACGACUGAUGUCGGAAGAAUGGCCAUGUCUGCAGCGGCAGUAAAUGACGUAGCCGCAUGGAUCCUGCUUGCUCUUGCCAUCACAUUAUCUAGCGACAAUCUUUCGCCAGUUGUCCCUUUAUGGGUUUUCCUCUGUGGCUGUGGUUUUGUCAUUUGUUCAUACUUCAUCAUCACAAAUAUAUUUAAUUGGAUGGGCCGGCGCUGCCAUGAAGGGGAGCCUGUGGAUGAGAUGUAUAUAUGUCUUGCAUUAGCUUCUGUGCUUGCAGCAGGUUUUGUUACUGAUACUAUUGGGAUUCAUGCUAUGUUUGGAGCUUUUGUCGUUGGUAUACUUUUCCCAAAGGAAGGGCCAUAUGCAGGUGCAAUAGUUGAAAAGGUUGAGGAUCUCGUAUCUGGCCUUUUCCUCCCACUGUACUUUGUUUCAAGUGGAUUGAAAACUAAUGUGGCAACAAUCCAAGGGAUUCAGUCAUGGGGUCUCCUGGCAUUGGUCAUAUUCACGGCUUGCUUUGGGAAGAUUGUUGGAACUGUUGUGGUUUCCCUUAUCUGUAAAAUGCCCAUUAGUGAAGCUCUUGCUCUUGGCUUUCUUAUGAACACUAAAGGCUUGGUAGAGCUCAUUGUUCUCAACAUUGGCAAAGAUAGAAAGGUUUUGAAUGAUCAGACAUUUGCUAUCAUGGUUUUCAUGGCUCUCUUCACUACUUUCAUCACCACUCCGGCAGUAACGGGUGUUUAUAAACCAGCAAAAAGAGUAAACAAAACAGAUUAUAAGCAUAGAACUAUAGACAGGAAAAGCCCGAACACUCAACUUCGGAUAUUGGCCUGUUUUCAUAGUUCUAGAAACAUCCCAUCUAUCAUUAACCUCAUGGAAUCGUCACGUGGAACUGAGAAACAUGGAGGCCUGUUUGUUUACGCAAUGCACCUCAUGGAGCUGUCUGAGAGAUCAUCAGCAAUAUUGAUGGUGCAUAAAGCCAGAAAAAAUGGUCUUCCCUUCUGGAAUAAAGGCCAAAGGUCAAAUGCCAACCAUGUCGUCGUUGCUUUUGAGGCGUUCCAGCAGUUGAGCAAAGUCUCUGUGCGACCAAUGACUUCAAUCUCAUCACUGUCUGACAUGCAUGAAGAUAUUUGCACAACUGCUGAGAGGAAGAGUGCAGCAAUCAUCAUUUUACCAUUUCACAAGCAUCAGAGGUUGGAUGGCUCCCUGGAGACUACUCGAGCAGAUUUCCGUUGGGUUAACCGUAGGGUCCUGCAGCAUGCUUCGUGUUCAGUAGGGAUAUUGGUUGACCGUGGACUUGGAGGAAGCACCCACAUAUCGGCUAGUAAUGUUUGCUACUCAAUUACUGUUCUAUUCUUUGGUGGCUGUGAUGACCGUGAAGCCCUUGCCUACGGAAUUCGCAUGUCCGAGCACCCUGGAAUCAGGAUGGCAGUCAUUAGCGUUUCUCUAGAACCCGAGAGUUUGGGGGAAAUUGUUAGAAUAAAUGCAGAUAGCCAUGCAGACAAAGCAGUCUCAAAAGAUGAGGAGUUUCUUGCCAAUUUCAAGGAGAAAAUGUCAGAAAACAGCUCUCUCACAUAUGAAGAGAAAACUGUAAGAAAUGCUUCAGAAGCCAUUGAUAUGAUUCGUAGUUACGCUCGUUGCAAUUUAUUUUUGGUAGGUCGUAUGCCUGAUGGCGAAGUUGCUCUGGCAUUAAACGGAAGGAGUGAAUGCCCAGAGCUAGGUCCUGUUGGGAGUUUGUUAAUAUCACCAGAUUUCUCUACCACAGCAUCUGUCCUGGUGGUCCAACAAUAUCAGGAAAAGGUAUCUCUGAAUUCGACUUUAGAGACGCUAGAUGAGUCGCCUCGCCCAUAG